ACAGAGAGGAAAUUUGAAUACCAUAUGAGCGAGUUGGACAACUUGGACAUCCGUGUAAGACCAUAUUUACAACAAGUUGGAUACCACAAAUGGUCAAGAUACCACUGCAAAAACAACAGGUAUUCAACUAUGACUUCAAACAUUGCUGAAUCUCUAAAUGCAGCAAACUUGGCAGCUAGAGAGCUACCAAUCACAACACUGAUGGAGUCAUUGAGAGCAUUGGUUCAACAAUGGACAUACACAAACAGGAAAAAAGCACAUAAAACAACAACAUUUUUAACACCUACAGCAGAAAAGAAAUUAGUCGACAACUUUGUGGAAUCAUUGACAGAAAAUGUAAAACCAAUAAACGAGACCAUGUUCGAAGUCAUUGAACUAACCAGAUCAUGGGUCAUCAACCUGAAGGAGAAAACAUGCAGUUGCAACAGAUUCCAACUUGAUGAGUUACCGUGUGCUCAUGCGCUUGUCGUUAUAAAAGAGAUGAACUUGAAUGUUUACAACUACCGUUCGGGUUAUUACACCACGCGAACAUGGCUUGAAACAUACAUCGGCUCAACAUAUCCGGUACACAAUCACACAACUUGGGAUGUGCCACAAAACAUAACAGAUAUCAUUGUUCUGCCACCAAACCAAAAAAUAAGAUCUGGAAGACCAAGGAAACGAAGGUUUUUAUCUGAAUGGGAUACAAAAAAACAUAACAGGUGCGACAAAUGUGGACAACACGGACACAAUCGAAAGACAUGCAACAAUCAAGUUGAUCUGUGA